AUGAGCAAAUCCCUGCGCAGCCGCAUGGGCGCCGCCGUGCGACGUUCGUCCACACUUCUGUCGAUCUCGCGCCCUGGUACGCCUUCCCGUGCAUCGUCUGAAGGAGAUAACAACUCUCUGCAUCGGAUCGAUACCGGCGCAUCCAGCUCUCCCCCUCCCCAAUCAAAUCUCUCAGAAGGCCGCACCUCUUUGGAGGCACCGCCUGUACAUACUGCAGAGCAGUCCCAUGUACCGAGCCCUAUCGCAGAGAGCCCUGCUCGGGAGGCCGCCGCAUCUGAGGAAGAAGCAGCGUCAAAAGCACCAGUCGGGCCAUCGCCGUUAGCUCAAUCCGCCGUGACAGCAGGAAGUACGCCUCCAGUUGAGGACGAGGUCGCAAAGCCAGAAUCAGAAUACGUACCUCCCUCCAUUCUCCCUUCCUCGGCAGCGGCUGGCCCAGGCGCUUUCACCGAUGAACCAGAAGAUAUGUCAACGAUGACCAAUGAACAGAAGGUCGCAGAACCGACCGCACCGACUGCACAUGAACCCUUACUCGCACCAGAAGCAGACACCCCAGUCCUUCACAAAGAGGACGACCACAUCGAGGAGGCCAUCGGUACCGAUGACACGCCAAUCAUCUUGCCCGCUGCAGAACCACCUCUCUCCAUCGUCGAUGAAUCCAAAGCGGGAUCGUCGUCUUACUUCGCGUUGCCCAUCACCGCGGAACGCAGCACUACCGAAGCACCAGUCGCCAUUCCUCUGGAUCCUUCCCCCGAUCCCGAAAGAGACAUCCACAACAUCCAUAGUCCCAUGAUGGAAGAAAUCGCUGCUGAUGUUCACGAGAAUCCAUGGGGCGCUCCGCGAGACCCGGCAACGGCGUACAUGCCAAUGCCAGUACCUGCACAUGAAGGCAAUGGUCGCGUCACAAGGCCAUCUAGCCGUUCCUCGAUGCGUCAACCUACGCAAGGCCGCCUCACCGCCAAGUCAAGCCGAGCAUCCCUAGCUAUUCACACAGAUGCCCCAGCAGAAGAGAAACACGUCAAGAUCGUCAACACGCCUAUCGUAGUGGACAUUGGCUCCAGAGCACCCAGUACCAACGGUGAUGUCCAUACCCCAAUUCGAACCUACGUCGAGAGUCCGACUGAAGGCAGAAGGAGUCGAUCAGUGAGCGUGAGCUCGAAGUACGUCUGCAUUCUUAUUUUGAGAAUACAUUUCAUCUUAAGAUGGAUCGUUCAAAGGGCACCAUCCGAGACCGCAGAGGAUCCUUUCGCCGACCCUCCCCAUAUGCCUCAGGCUGCUGUCAUGCCCAAUCCAUACGUUGCAGAGCAGCCUCGCGUGCUCCCCGCAGAGUCUCACAACGAUGUCUUCGGAACUUUGGUCAUGCCGCUACCUGCAGUACACGAAGUUAUCCCAAAUCAAUCGACAAACAGUUUGGUACCAAGCGCUCGUGGGCACUUCGAACAUGAGAUGGACGAAACGAGACCGUUGCUCUCUUCCCGUGCCCAUUCUCCACAGCCACUUUCUAUGGCUGGUAUAUCUCCAAUGCCAGUGGCCGACGUCUCCAGUCGGAACACUACCCACCCUCUUCUCCACCAAUUCGGUUGGAUCGAAUAUAUAUUGCCCGAUUCGUCUUUCUAUUAUGUUCACCCUACACUUCGAGUCACCACGGACAUCGACCUCCGCAACAUCCAAAACCUCGACGUCGUCAACAAGUACUUGGAGCGCAAAGACGGAGGCUCGAGCUACGGAUACGGGACCGUCGCCUCCAACGGAUGGGAGAUUUGGCUGAGAGAAAGCGGCGUCAAGUCCAAGAAGAAAGGUGGCAAGGACGACUUCGUCAAAUGCUGGAUCGACCACAAGCGGAGGAUCUUGACGUAUAACUCUCCCGAUGGCCGUGACGGGAGCCGCAUCGAAGAUGAAGACCGCCUUGAUGUAGAAUACAGGUACUGGUCGUUCAUGGAAGCCCAUCCGGCCCAUGUCACCCUUCCCCCCAACGCGAAGACGGAGGCCGUCGAGGUUUUGACCUGGUCUUAUACAGACCGUCUUCUUCCUCGCUCGCAGGGACCUCCUCCUCCAUUCUCUCAAGAGGAAUGCAACGAACUGACCAACCUUCUUCGCUCCUUCGGAGACAACCCCAGCGAUCAGGCCCUCCAAAAUACCGUUCACACUCGCAUUGUGUCUCGCAUUCUCCUUCGCGUCGCUCAAUCCCGCCAAGAGUACUUCCGGCCGGAUAGGCCUUUGCCACAGGACGCUGCAAAAGACGGUCUGGCCAAGGCAAGGAGGAAGACUCCUUUCCGACAGGCUCUUUCCGACUUCGUACUGAGUUGCCUUUGCCUGGGCAUCCCUUACUUCUUUUUCAAUCGCUCCCAGCACCAUCGCCUCGACGAAGAGAGCGGCAUCCGAAAUGGAGCUCCAAUCAUUGUGGUGGGGGCCUGCACUUGUCUUGUGGCUGCGAUUGUCCUAAGUGCAUCUGUAACCUUCCUUUCUUUACCAGGGUUGGAUAGUAUCGCGCGGGUUACGGCGCUUGUGGCGAUCCUUUGCUCCACAACUAGCAUGGCUGCCUCAGUUGUUGCGCUAUUCAGAUACAAGGCAGAUCUGGAGCGCCCAAUAUCGAUUGCAGUAGGUGGUGGCGAGGGCAUGGUGGCGCUUUCGAGCCGUAACAUCAUCAUGUCCCUACCGCUCGUCCUCUUGGUUUAUGGCGUCACUUCCUUCGUGAUAGGAAUUGUACUAUACUCGUUUCGAGGAUUCAAACUCACGAAUACAUCGACCGUCGCCGAGCACUUCGACGUCUACACAAGCUGGACGGUCGUUGGCCUUCUUGCAGGACUCGUGGGCGUGUUAUCGACAGCAGUGGUUCUGUCUCGUAGAUAG